GACUUUUGCAAAAAUCUAUUUGAUAUAAAUUAGAGAAAUAUUUUUUUAACUGUUGUACAAUUAAUUUAAAACGUUUAUGUAUUUUUAAAAUGUCCGGUUUGUAGAAAACUGUUUGUUUAAAUGUUUUAAAUUUGAGUAAAUUAUUUGUUUAAGAUUUAAAGUAGCGGCACUUGUCUAAAAAUACAGAUAAAGAAAAUAUAUUUAAAGAAGUCGCUUACAGCUUUCCAACUCAAAGAUAAAACAAUACUAUAUUUUUAUCAAUAUUAUAAAUCCGUUAAACGAUCAACACAAAACAAAACCAAAAGUGAUUGAUAAAGUCGUUUGUAAAUAAAAUCACCACAAAUAUUUUCAUAAUAUUUUAAACAGUAACUCAGUCGAAAGAUGUGUUUUAAUCUGGUGUCAGACAAAUGAAAAAGAAAUUCCCUGCUCCACAGCAAAAACCUGUAAGCCGCAUGUAAAAAUUCGAUCCGCUUACAUUUGAUGGCCCCGUGACGAAUGUAAAAGCAGCCAUGAAAAUGCUGGGCCCGAAACACGACCCAUAAACGGAAAACGGGGAGUGGGCCAUAAAAAGGUUUGGCCCUCGUGCUGGAAGUGAGGCCUGAAGUCCGUUCGGUUUAUGGUCAAUUAGAGAGCGCCUCAUUUGCAUCGGUCUCGGCAUGGCCAAAUGCGAAUGUCCCCUCGGUGUGGGCCUGGUUUCAUUGAUGUUGGCCAGCUCCCUCGACGCCACUUGGACUUGGAGGUGUUUAUACAAGGAAUUCCCAGUGGACGUUGAAAAGAUCAAGGGCGGCUGGUAUGUUUAUGCGACCAAUCCAGAGAGAAUAAAAGUGUGCUACUUUGAAGAUCUGGAUCUCUACUGGACUAGGAUCACCCAAACGGACUAUGAUAACUAUGCUGUGGAACUCCACUGUUCCCUUCCCUGGAUGCGGCACCAAAUGGCCAUCUACACCCGGCAGGAGAAACCCAAUGAAAAGACUCUCGAAGAUAUCGAAUCGUACUUAAAAUCGGUCCACCUGACCAUCAAAAACUUUACCCUAAUCCGGCAGAAAAAGAACUGUCGGUCACAGAAGCCUCCGAUUAUGCAGCGCUGGCAUUUGUCCCGAUACCUUUACAUGGAUUAUAAUCCGGUUUACGUCAAGCCCUUGGUGGAGAACGAAAACAUCUGAGCCAGUCAUUGUAUCGCAUCUCUCCUCUCCAACCGGCAACUUUCUUUGGGCACAAAUUUACAUAUGCCAAAUUUGGUACAAAUAUGCCAAUGUCCGACCAACGAAUUUCUUAAAACAAAGAACGAACAUUAAAUAAGACCGAAACAGAGAUGCUCUGUGAAAUAAAAAUGAU